AUGGAAAUUGGACUUCGUCGAUUGGAGUGCGCCGAGAACGAGCUUUUUAUUCAUGAAACGCCCAGCACUUACCCACGCCUGUGCCGCCUCGCAGAUGGUUCGAUUCUCGCAGGCUUCACGGCUUUCGAGCCCGACGGCCAGCGCGUCCUCACCAUCAAACGUAGCACCGACGAUGCUGCCACAUUUGAAGCUCACGGCGAAGUAGCGCGCUCCUCUGGCGACUGCGACAAUCUCUUCCUACUUGAGCUGCCCGCAUCAGCCGACUCGAACGAGUCGAACCCGCCCACCAUUCUUGCCGCGUUCCGAAACCACGAUACUGACCCGGACGGUACCCACACAUACUUCCGCAUUACCGUCUGCCAAUCCACCGAUGGCGGUCGGACCUGGACCUUCCUGUCCCAGGCCGCGGAGAAGCCCGCCCCGUUUGGCCUCUGGGAGCCUUUCCUCCGCAUGGCCGGCACGGACGACGACGACGAGAUCCACAUGUACUUCUCCCAGGAGAUGGAUACCGACGACCAGGACACCAUGCUCGUGCGCAGCACCGACGGCGGCGCCACGUGGACGGCGACCCAGCGCGUAACGGGCGAGGGGGAGGCACUCCGCGACGGUAUGGUCGGGGUGGCGGCGAUGACAAGUUGCGAUAAGGAGCUGGAGGCACUCAUCCUCGUCAUGGAGACAACGCGUCUCGGCACAUUUUCCAUUGAGGCAGUUUUGUCCUUCGAUAACGCCGAGACAUUUGGGUCGCGGCAGCCGGUGUAUGUGCCAAAGGAGGGGCGGAAUGCUGGAGCACCUCAGAUCACUGCAUUCGCCGAUGGGUCGGUCGCGGUCGUGUUCAUGACGGACGAAGAUGAAGAUGACGAUCCCACGUGGCCGUCCGGGGCCACCAUCAAAGCCAUCUUCGGUAUGCUAAAGUCGGAUGGAUCCCUGAGCUGGGGCGAGCCCCAGAUCAUUAGCGAGCGGCUGAGUUCCUGGCCAGGUAUCAUGCACAUGCGUGACGCCUCCGCCAUGGCCGUUUACGAGUCAACCUCGAUCAUCAAAAGCCGCCUUCUAAGCAGUGUAGCAGAAUGA